AUGGAAGAGACGAAGAAGAAAAAGAAGAAGAAUAUUAAUAACGAGGAUUCAAAGAAGAAGGAACGUCAUAUUGUUACUUGGACACCAGAGGAGGAUGUUAUACUAAGAGAACAAAUUACUAUUCAUGGAACCGAAAAUUGGGCGAUCAUCGCAUCCAAGUUUAAGGAUAAAAGCACAAGACAAUGCAGAAGAAGAUGGUAUACAUACCUGAACGCUGAUUUCAAACGAGGAGGCUGGUCCCCUGAAGAGGACAUGCUUUUGUGUGAGGCACAAAGAGUGUUCGGGAAUAGAUGGACUGAGAUAGCAAAGGUGGUUUCAGGCAGAACGGAUAAUGCUGUGAAGAACAGGUUUACAACGCUUUGUAAGAAGAGAGCCAAGAAUGAAGCUAUGGCUAAAGAGAGCAACUCAAACAACAAAAGAAUGUUGUUCUUAGACGGUAUUAUCAGCACACCUAGAAAAGCCGAGAAUGAAGCUCCUAUUGCUAAGAAAAUGAGGAGAAGUCACAUUAUAGAUCUCACAGAGAUCGGUAACUAUGGAAAGGCUGAGUCUUGUGUGAAUCAGCUGACAAGAUCUCCAUUUUCGGUAUUAGCACGCAAUGCCACGGGGUUUGAUAGCUUGGAGGAACAGAACCAAACAAGCGAUGUGAAGGAGAGUGAUGGUGAAGGGAUGUUUCUCAAGAAGGAUGAUCCGAAAGUGACAGCUUUGAUGCAGCAAGCUGAACUGCUAAGCUCGUUGGCGCAGAGAGUUAAUGCAGACAACACAGAACAAAGCAUGGAGAAUGCUUGGAAGGUUCUUCAGGAUUUCUUGAAUAAAGGCAAGGAAAAUGAUUUCUUCAAAUAUGGAAUACCUGAUAUUGAUUUUCAACUGGAGGAAUUUAAGGAUCUUGUAGAGGAUUUGAGGAGUAGUUAUGAAGACAAUCAGCCAUCUUGGAGGCAACCUGAUCUCCAUGACUCACCAGCUAGCUCUGAGUAUAGUUCAGGAUCAACCAUAAUGCUGGAUCAGUCUCGUGACAGAACACAACCAUCAUUGUCUGAUACUCAGACAGAACAUAAACAAGGUGGAGAGGAGUUGGUUUCAGCUUGCGAUGUCCCAAACAAACCUGAUGAAAAGUUCAGCUCGCCAGUUCAGGUCACGCCAUUGUUCAGAUCUCUAGCUGAUGGCAUCCCAAGCCCACAAUUCUCUGAAAGUGAGAGGAGCUUCCUGCUAAAAACACUCGGGAUCGAGGCCUCAUCUCCAUGUCCAAGUGCUAAUCCUUCACACCAACCCCCUUGCAAGAGAGUCCUUCUCCAUAGUUUGUAA